AUGGCCAUGGCUUUAGGGGUAGCAACAUCUCCGAAUGCUGAAAUAGCAGCAGAGGCAGGACUGAACCCUAGUUCAUUAGACAAAAAGAUACGCCAACUCUGUGGACUGUUUGUUUUCAUCAAGGAAUCCAAAAUCUAUCUCAUUCAUCAGACUGCAAGAGAGUUCCUCAUUAGCAGACACGAUAGAUCUGUCAACAUGCAUUGGCAUCUUGACCAGCGCAAAACAGAGAUACAAAUGACUGAAAUAUGCCUUAAAUACCUUCUUCUGAAUGAUCUAGUCAGUAAUGACGAAGAGUCUAUACGGAGCUUACUGGACUAUUCUGCAGAAAACUGGGCCGAUCAUUUUCGGGACGUAGUAUCCCUGGAAGAUGAGGUAGUAAACCGAGCCUGGAAGCUAUAUAAUGUUAGGACAGAGCAAUUCCGCUUGUGGUUCCCUAAAUUUUGGACUACAGCAAUGCUGUAUCGUCCAGUACCCCAAAUGAAGGCACUACAUCUGGCUGCAACGACUGCAUUACAAUGGGCUUGUGAGCAGGGACAUCUUGAGAUUGUUCAGCUACUACUUGAAAAGGGAGCAGAUGUCAAUGCUCAAGGUGGUUUUUAUGGCAAUGCUCUCCAGGCUGCUGCUCAAGGAGGACAUCUUAAGAUUGUUCAGUUACUACUAGAGAAGGGAGCAGAUAUCAGUGCUCAGGGUGGAGAAUAUGGUAAUGCUCUCCAGGCUGCUGCUGAAGGAGGACAUCUUGAGAUUGUUCAGUUACUACUUGAGAAGGGAGCGGAUGUCAAUGCUCAGGGAGGACGAUAUGACAAUGCUCUCCAGGCUGCUGCUCAAGGAGGACAUCUUGAGAUUGUUCAGUUACUACUUGAGAAGGGAGCGGAUGUCAAUGCUCAGGGAGGACGAUAUGACAAUGCUCUCCAGGCUGCUGCUCAAGGAGGACAUCUUGAGAUUGUUCAGUUACUACUUGAGAAGGGAGCAGAUGUCAAUGCUCAGGGUGGAGAAUAUGGUAAUGCUCUCCAGGCUGCUGCUCGGGGAGGACAUCUUGAGAUUGUUCAGUUACUACUUGAGAAGGGAGCGGAUGUCAAUGCUCAGGGUAGAAAAUAUGGUAAUGCUCUCCAGGCUGCUGUUCAAGGAGGACAUCUUGAGAUUGUUCAGUUACUACUUGAGAAGGGAGCGGAUGUCAAUGCUCAGGGAGGACUAUAUGACAAUGCUCUCCAGGCUGCUGCUCAAGGAGGACAUCUUGAGAUUGUUCAGCUACUACUUGAAAAGGGAGCAGAUGUCAAUGCUCAGGGUGGUUUUUAUGGCAAUGCUCUCCAGGCUGCUGCUCAAGAAAGACAUCUUGAGAUUGUUCAGUUACUACUUGAGAAGGGAGCAGAUGUCAAUGCUCAGGGAGGACCAUAUGGCAAUGCUCUCCAGGCUGCUGCUGAAGGAGGACAUCUUGAGAUUGUUCAGCUACUGCUUAAGAAGGGAGCGGAUAUCAAUGUUCUCUAG